UGCGCGACGCUGGCACCAGGAGGAGGAGCCCGAAGCCCUUGCUACCCCACGGAGCCAGGAUGAUGGUAACCAUGGUAAUGACAGCCAGUGUUUCCUGAGGACUUCUGAGGAGCCAUGCUCUGUGCUAAGUGUGUACCUGGAUGAUCUGAUUCUCACAGCAAUCCCUGAGUGGCAGCACCUGGUAUAGGUGGCCAUGGGGAAGCGAUACUUCUGUGACUACUGUGACCGCUCCUUCCAGGAUAACCUCCACAACCGAAAGAAGCACCUCAACGGGCUGCAGCACCUCAAAGCCAAGAAGGUCUGGUACGACAUGUUCCGAGAUGCAGCUGCCAUCUUGCUAGACGAGCAGAAUAAGCGGCCCUGCAGGAAGUUUCUACUGACGGGCCAGUGUGACUUUGGCUCCAACUGCAGAUUUUCCCACAUGUCAGAGCGAGACCUGCAGGAGCUGAGUAUCCAAGUGGAGGAGGAAAGGCGGGCCAGGGAGUGGCCACUGGAAGCUGCCGAGCUCCCCGAAGGCCAUCUGGAGGACUGGCUGGAGAAGAGAGCCAAGCGGCUAAGCUCAGCCCCAAGUAGCAGAGCCGAGCCCAUCAGAGCCACUGUCUUCCAGUAUCCUGUGGGCUGGCCGCCGGUCCAGGAGCUGCCCCCAUCCCUGCGGGCACCCCCACCUGGAGGGUGGCCUCGGCAGCCCAGAGUCCAGUGGGGCUGAGCCCCUAGCCCUCGUCCUGCACCCCAGCUGGCUGGUUCCCCCAUCAGUCACGAUAAGACAGGAGCUGAUACUGGGAAGCUGAGCCCCCUUCCUGCUGUGGCUGUGAGCCUCCGAGACUAUGGCCUGAUCUCACUGAGACUUGGGACUCCCCACAGCAGGUGUGGCCCUGGUCCUGGGUCUGCGCCGGCAGCUACCCCCUCACUCCCCUCCACACCCUCCCCCGACCAUCGGAUGUCUUGAGAGGAUGAGUGAGAAAACUUCUGUAUGUUCGUUCAUAAAGGAAGUCUGUCACCA